AUUGCCAGUUUCGGUGACCUAGUAAUAGGAGAAAAUGGCAGCCUCCAUAACAUAACAUGAAAAUUGUAAAUAGAAGGCUGCGGCAAACAAUUGUAAAGGACACUUUAGACCAUUUUUCAUUAUGUGUCUCUUUACCGCAAUGAUAGAUUAUUAUUUAUUAUAACUUAAAUAUCGAUUUCAACGAAAAUGACCAAAGGAAAAAAGAUUUUAAGUUUACUUCUUAAUGAGAAAGACUCUUUGUUCACCUAUUUAUCAACAAAGGUCUAUCAGAAAGUUAAUCCAAAGCUGAAAGAAGUCAAUCAUUCACUAGAUCUAAAUUGUAGAUCUAAUAUUAUUGUACCCCUGAAGUCAUACGUGAAUUCAAAGAAAGAUAGGUUUAGCAAUUCUUGGGUUUUAAAUUGUUUAGUUAAUGGACAUUUUCUCAAUCAAAGUCAAUAUGAUUACCAUUCUGCACCCUCUAAAUUUAAAUGUAAUCAUCAUACUCAUAGUAAUGCUACAAAAAGAAAUCAGUUGGAUUUAUUUUCAAAUUCAUGGUUAAAUAGAUCAUUAGCACAAAAACCAAGCUAUUCAACUAACCAUACAAUUGUUGGCUUUCUCAAUUGUGAUCAAAGACAUUAUUCAACAUUUAAACAUAAUAGAAACUUACUAAUACGAAGUUUGAUAGAAAAAAAGUUAUUUUCAAGAAAUGUAAGAAAAACUAUUAGGCAUCAAGACAUUUCUGAUCCUGUUUCAAUGAACUCUAAUGAUAUUAAAUUUAGGGUUCGUAAUCGCACAAGAACAAUUUUACACAGCAAACUUUCCAAGCUCAAAAAAAGUAUUCUUCUACAUAAAUGCCAACUAAAAGACAAAUGGAAAGAUCAGCAAUUAAGAAGUUUGCAAGCAGUUGGAAAGCUGAAAAAUGAACUAAAAGCAAAAAAAGAAAAUAUUAAGACUGUUCCUAAUUUGCUUACAACUAUGCGGAUGGCUUCAGCGCCUGUACUUGCUUAUCUGGUAGUUCAUGAUUACUUUGGAACAGCAUGUACAAUUUUUGUUUUUGCUGGUAUAACAGAUUUGUUGGAUGGCUACAUUGCCAGAAAUUUUAAAAACCAAAGAACAGCUUUAGGCACUGCUUUGGACCCUUUAGCAGACAAACUAUUAGUCAGCUUUCUUGGUAUUGCCUUAACAUCAGCUGGUCUUAUUCCAGUUCCCAUGACUGUGUUAAUUCUUAGCAGAGAUUUAGGACUUAUCCUGGCCUCAUUUUAUAUUCGGUACAUCUCUCUACCUCCUCCUAAAACUUUAUCAAGAUAUUUUGAUGUUUCUCUGGUGACAGCUAAACUAUAUCCAUCUACUAUAAGCAAGGUAAAUACUGGGUUACAGUUGUCUUAUGUGGCAGCAACUCUUGCCUCUCCAGUUUUCAACUUUGUAGAUCAUCCAUGGCUUCAAGGUCUUAUGUAUCUGACUGCUGCAACAACAAUGAUAUCUGGUGUUGAUUAUGUGCUGACUUGGAGAAGAAGGAUGAAAAUUAUACAAAAUAAAUAGAAAUUGUUUUGUGAGACUUAUACAAAAAAACUAAUGUUCAGUUUGUCAAAAAAAGAAAUGUGGCUUCACACUACACUAAGAAAAUAACAUUUAAUGUUCAUUUCUUUCUUCAAGUGUCUAAUUUAUACUAAACAAACAAAAAGUGAAGAUUUUUUUUUGCUUAUAUUAACUCACUCUAUCUGUCUGGUAAAAAGUUUGUAUACACUAUUUCUCUGACGCCUUAUCUUGGAUCAAGCUGAAAUUUUGCACAAUUAUUUCUUUUAUCUGACAACACAUGAAUCAAUUUAAAAAACGAAUGACCAAUUAGUUAAUUAACUAUUGGUAAUUAUUUUGUUUGGUAUCUCAAACAAGGGAAAGAAAUUGUACUUGACUGAGGUGGUGGUAUAAGCUGAAUUUGUCUCCUUUUUAGAUUGCUGCUUCAAAGUAAGUUUGAAACAAACAAUAGAUAAAUAUAUAAUUUUAUAUAUUCAUGUACACCUCGCAGAGUGGUUAUAAUAUUGGCUUGAGUCAUGAGGGGUUUUUUUUUGGUAAAUGCUUUUAGAAAACUAUUACAGUAAAAUUUACUUAGAUAUCUCUUUCUCUCCCCCCCCACCCCUUUUUUCCAUUUUUUCAUCAGGUACAGAUUAGAGAAAGGAUUAUAAUGUAUUGAGAAAGCUAAAUGCAUAAAAUAGUACUAAAAAAAAAACAUUUGGUAAAAAUAUUUAUAGUCGCACAGAUUUAUUGUUGUUGGUCUAGAUCUAUUAAUAACUUAAUUACACAUGACUGAUCCAAAGUAAUUGAUACAACUACACUUUGUAUAAGCUUUGUUUUUCUAAAAGAAAAGUAUUUAUAUGUUUUUCUUGUUUUGAGCUUGAGUAGAGUGUUUUAUUGCAGUGUUUGUACAUCUAUAAAUAAACAGAAUAUAUAGAAGGAAGCAUUUAUUGUUGAAAUAUAAUGUCAAUGAUUCAUUAAUAAACAUUUACAACCAAAGUACUAAACUGCA